UCCACCUGGACCUCCUCUCCACACGCGCCUCUCCGUCGUCUCUGAACCUCAGAUGGAAAAGAGCUCUGCUCGUCCCCGGAGCUGCUGCUGCUGCAGAGCGGCUCUUCCUGCUUCAGUCAGGCCGCUGUAGGACACCUCAGGGCGGGGAAGCAGCGUCGCAGGGAGGGGGACCCCGGUGUUGGAGCGGAUCUCUGGAUCUCCGGCAGCGUCUCCUCCCUCCCUCCCUCCCUCCCUCCCUCUGCACGCUGCGGACCCUCAGAUAGAUGUGCGGAGAAACACACCGGCUCUUUCCCUUUAUGCUUCACCACAACGGAUAAGUGCUGAUUUACCUCGGCCUGAGCCGCAGAGGGAGGAAGAGGAGGAAGAGGAGGAUUGGUCACCAUGUUUCUGUUCCUGUGUCUGACAUGGACACAGCUGCUGAUCACAGAAUCGUCCUCUGGCGAUCACGAGCUUCGUCUCUUCCCUUCUCGUCGCUCCAGUCACCUCCGCCCACCUCUGCACCCUCAGCACGACUUGAACCAGCAGCACGAUGUGGACGCCUCCCAAAACCACCACCACCGCCACCAUCUUCAUCAUCAUCACCACCGGCCGCGGAUGCCGGGCGCCCCCUCCGAGUCUCGGUUUCGUCAGGAGGCUGGCGGGCAGCGCACCCUCAAUCUGCUGGCGCGGCCGCAUCACGAGUUGCAGCCGGAGCACGCCGCCGUAUCUGCGCGGCAUCUGGUUACCGUGUACCUGGCUGUGGAUGUGAGGAGGCUGAACGUCAGUCUUCUUCGGUGGUUUCGGGAAGGUGUAGCAGCAGCGCUCGGAGUUCCUGCAGGACGCGUUCACAUCAACCGGCUCAAUGAGAAGAAGAAUGGCAUCGAGCUCUUCGUGUCCUCUGAUAGGCUGGGGAUCUCGGAGCCCCGCCCUGCUGAAGAGGUCAUCCAAUCACUGAACGUCAGGGUCCUUCACCGCCACCUGGGACACUUCGGCAUCACUGAGGUCUCAACUGAGAAGAACGUGCUGCAGGGCGAGCAGAGGGAUCACGUGUGGAGCAGAGAAGGGUUUUACGCCGUCGUCCUCUUCUUCACCAUCUUUGUCAUCGUCAUCACCUGCUUGAUGGUUUUGUACCGACUUAAGGAGAAGGUUCAGGUUUCUGACAGACAGCUGAAAGCUCCGCCCCCUGAUCUCCACCUGACCCCCACCGUCCCUCCAGACUCCGCCCAGAGGUCAAAGGGCACUAAGGCUGUGACGUCAGGAAGCAUGGUCCAAGCUGAGCUCCCUCCAGCUGUAGCCACGCCCAUUCCCCAGCAGCAGCCAAUUGUAGCCUGCCGCCGCCUCGCUCCACCUGUCGUCCCUCUGCCCAGCCCCGCCCCUGUCCCUGUUGUCAACAGCAACAACCACGCCCCCCUCGCCAGCGCUGCCCCUGUGACAGCCAAUAACGAGCUAAAGCCCUGCCCCUCCCCCUUCAGGAUGAAACCUGCUGCAGGUCUGCAAGAAAGACGUGGCUCUAAUGUCUCUCUGGUGUUGGACAUGUCGGCUCUCGGCUCCGUGGAGCCGCUCAAUGUUGCCGUAGUGACGCCCAGGGAGUCGGUGGCGAGGGAGUACCUGUCGUCCGCCGGCCGGCCGCUGACGAGACAGCAGCUCCGAGACAUCGUCAACAACACGCACAAGCUCCACGCCGAGUUCACUGAAAUUCCCAUGAAUUUCAUCGACCCGAAGGAGCUCGAUAUUCCAAACCACGGAACCAAGAACAGAUACAAGACCAUACUACCCAAUCCUCAUUCCAGAGUGAUCCUGAAGUCCAAGAGCUGCAACGACCUGCUGAGCUCCUACAUUAAUGCUAAUUACAUACGGGGUUACCUGGGCGACGAGAAAGCGUUCAUCGCCACUCAGGGUCCCAUGGUGAACACGGUAAAUGACUUCUGGCAGAUGGCGUGGCAGGAGGAGUCGCCGGUCAUCGUCAUGAUCACCAAACUGAAGGAGAAGAACGAGAAGUGUGUUCUGUACUGGCCGGAGAAGAGGGGGAUCUAUGGCAAGAUUGAAGUGUUGGUGAACAGCAUCAGAGAGUGUGAACACUACACAACUCGCAGCCUCACACUCAAGUGUGGGAAUCAAACCCGCGUGCUGCAGCAUUACUGGUACACAUCGUGGCCCGACCACAAAACCCCUGACUCCACGAUGCCGCUGCUGCAGCUGAUGGCUGAUGUUGAGACAGACAGACGAAUGGCCGCCGUCAUGGGACCAGUUAUUGUCCACUGCAGUGCCGGGAUUGGCCGGACCGGCUGCUUCAUUGCUACGACGAUAGGCUGUCGACAGCUGCAGUUGGAGGGAGUGGUGGAUGUACUGAGCAUCACCUGCCAGCUCCGAGCCGACAGAGGUGGUAUGAUCCAGACAGGUGAGCAGUACGAGUUUGUCCAUCACGCACUGAGCCUGUACGAGGCCCGCCUCUCCACAGAAACUGGCCAAUGAGUGUUCACCACCUCAGGAGACGUCUGCUUAAACCUUGAAAUGGCUGACAAAGUCCUGAGCAGGUAUGAUCUCUGAGAUUUAGGAUUUCUCUGAGGAUGUUGGGAUUCUGGAGGAGGUCAUUGAGUUUGAUGGACAACCAAAGAGGAAUGUUGUGGGCAGAGGCUGUUGAAGGAAAGAGGACAGGUUAAUUUCUGGAAAUGGAAUGUAUCCGCUCUUCUUCUUCUUCUGCUGUUUCUUCUUCAUGUUUUGUCGGCGAGCGGUUCUUCAGAGAAACUUAAGAGACUCGUCCACUUCACUUCUCUUAACUGACUGUCAGAUUGUGUCGUUUUUAACUAACCAGACUGUCCUAUUACCUCUUUUCUGUCAUGGAGACGUAGAAAUAGUUUGACUGAAAUUGAUGGUACAUUGUUCAAUAACACUGCUGUGUUUCUGUGUCUUAUAGGAUUUAAAAAUUAUUUUUUAACAUGGUGUUCUUAUACGAAAGGCUAUUGGAAAAUGACUGUUAGCUGGUUGCGCCUUUGGUUAAGCUACUAUACCACUGUUGAACCAACCCUUCCAGCCUAUUUCUAUUUGUGACUUCAGCACGCCAUACGUUACUCUGUAAUUUGGACACAUUACAUUCCCUACAAGUUUUUUUUUGUACUUUAUUUUUAUGCAGUUGUUUUAACAUACAGUUCAACAAGACACCUUAUAAACAUUGACAGACAAGAAUCCACGAAAACUGACAAACUAUAUCAUGAUAACUAAUAAUAAUAAAAAGAAAAAUUAAAAACAAAACAAAACAUAUUAGGGUGCUUUUAAUCCAAUAUACCUGUACAAGUGGUUUCCAUAAACAUUUCUAUUCUAUAUUAACCCUUUGCCUCCGUUGAUCAAUGCUUAAUUAAUUUCUCAUAUAUUUUCAGGUAGGAUACAAAAAAUAAAAAGUGCUGGAUUCAGAUUCAAAUCGAUACCCAUAAUAAACUUGAUUUCUUUUUGAAUAUUUUGCAGUCCCUGAAAAUAUGAAUAUGAGACUUGAUAGCUCAACUAACAUGAAAUUUUACCUUGGUAACAAGCUGUCAGUGUAAUUUAUGAAACACAUUCAUUUUCAAUGCUUACAAUACAUUAACACUACCUUCUCAUAUGUUAGCAAGUGUGGUAUUCGAUUAAACCCAAACCGUGUAGAUUAAGUGAGCCAUUAGCCUGCUAACAAACUGACAUUGUCUAAGCACACAUUUCAGUUAUAAUCAGAACUAUGAAAAACUUUUCUUUCUUUAUCCCCACAAACAGCACUCCUCUGCUAAUUUAUACUAGACAUACAUUAUGUCAGUGGCCUGGUAACUUAGAGUGCUAAGGUCACAAAUGGAACUACCUCCAGCCAUAAAACACAUGCUAAAAGCUAACAAACCAAUGUAAUGAUAAAUAAGCUUCCGCUAAGCUAGGUUGUGUAGUAUUGCAAUCCCAUAGAGGCUCAUUCUAGCAUUAAUAGAUUGAUAUGCUAUUUAUGUUAAUAAAUGGAAACUAACCUAUAAACAUAUGCUAUUUGCUAGCAUGCUAUGCUAAUGCAAUAUUUCAUUAAACCAAUUAAAUCUUGUAUUCCACUGCUAAAUAACGAUUCUCAAACACUAACAGUUUGUUACAACAGUUAUUUUUACACUGUUCAAUAGGCAGGCCUACAGCUCCAAUUAGAGUUGAUAGCAGUUCUGAGAAUUAUGGGAACAGUAGUUUUGAAUGCUAACAAAGUGUUUUUAUCUUUGUUAGAUAAAGUUUUUUCUAGCUGUUGGAAUGGUAUACUAAUUAUCUUACAACAUAAACACAAUGCCCCACCAUCGUGUUAAAACUUAAAAUAACAAUGAAAAAAAUUUAUAUAAUACCCAAAAAAAUGACACAAGCUAGCUCAAAAUUCGCGUGGCACUUUGUUCAGUCAUUUUCUGUCGGGAUUUGUACAUUUAAUCCAUUCUUAAAAUUAAUAGUUGAAAUAUCUUGAUAUUUUAUUCAAAGGUUCAUUUUUCAGCAUAUCACUAAAUUGAAAACCAGUUUGCUGAGUAAUUCCUGACACAACAAAUAUUUUUGAAAAACUUGCGCUGCUUGGUCUCAGAGUUUACACUUAGUUUAAUAUUUAACCUUGUUUCUUGCAUCGACAAUUCCCCCUUUGUGUGAAAAUUACUUUAUACCAAAAAUGUGAAACAAUUUAAGUCACAAUGGUGCAAUCAUCUCAUCGGUGUGAUGUUGUAAAUUAUGUUAUCUAGUGAGUGAGUUAUUUUGGUGUAUCAAAGUAAUAAUAACUUUAUUUUUAUACUGUUUUUACAUGUUUUUGAUGUGUUUAGCAGCUAUCAGCUAUUUGUCAACUAGUAUGAAAACUCGCUAUCUGGGGUACAAACCUCAUUAUCUCUAAAUGAUCAAUUUAGCAGGAGCUGGACGGAAUUAACAAAUUACUUUUUUAUCUCUUUUGUUGGAGUCAGAAAGUUGAAGUUUGAAAUGUGCACAAACCCAAAUUUAGCCCUGUUUAAGCUAUUUUCAAUGAAGCAGUAUUUGUUAAAUUUUCCCCCAUACAAAUAAUAUUAUAAUAUUAAUAUUAUUAUAAUAUAAUUAACUUAAUUCAGUUUUCCAGUUCCUGGAUAGUGUUUUAGAGAUUUGAGGUUUCUACAACAACGCCAGUAAUGAACAACAUUAACAUAUACAUCUAAUCUGCUCUCUGUGUGAAUGGGAUAACAUUGUACAGUACAUGUUAAAGUGCUAUUAAACUGAUGUGGGCAGUUACAUUUCAAUCCACGGACCACAAACACGAAGAAAUUGCUGCUAAAACUGGGAGCGUUGUCUGGACUGCACGGUUGACGGACAAUAAAUGAGAGAAACUUUGAAGACUCUUCUUUUUCUAUGUACCAAUAUAUUUUUAUUUAUAUCUUUACUUGUGAUACAAUCAAAGGACUUUUGACCUGCGUCUGUUUGUCUAUACGUCCAACAUGCCUCCUGGGACCAUCAACAACCCACUCUUCACUUGAGUCAAUUCAAAUCAUCUCAAUUUCAAAACUCAAAAUGGUCAAAAUCGAAUAUAUUCCAGUGUGAUAGUGAUGUAAUUUUCUGUUUGAAGUGACUGAAGCGAAAGUGAGUUGAGCCCGGCCUCCAUGCCCACUGCAGCAGCGGGUACAACAACACACACUGCCUCUGACGUAGUAUUGUGUAUGUACAGUAGGUGGUGGUUGAUGUCCUGUACUUUAUUGUUGUUGACUGUUGAUGGAGAUUAAAGGGACGCUAAACAUUUUCAAUUUUAGACAGUCAUGCAGUUGCCGGUUUUAUUGAAAUUUACAGUGUUUUGUUUCUAAGAUUUGUGGUCAAAUGAGGAAUUGACCCUUGUGUUAGAUUUAUUGGGUAACACUUUCUUUUACAGGUCCUUCAGUUUCCUGUUUAGUGAAAUAACAAAUUUUUAGCCUUUUUAAAAGGUAUUUCUUUUGGUGGCGGAAGCUAGUGAGAGAAAAAGUUUAGCUCAAAUGUUCUUAAAGCUAACUUAUAUAUAACAGUUAUUUUUACGAUGUUAGCUGCUGAAAGAGAAAAUAUUUAGCUCAUGUUUGUUCUUUUUGUAACACUGGCUAGUAAGAUUUUCCCUCAUGGAGGUUAACUUACAAUUAAUGCUCCACACAAUAUUUCUCUGUUUUCUAAUAAGCUAACAUUUGCUAGUUAGCAAGAUACUUAACUGAUGCUAGCCAGCCACCUUGCUAAUAAUAAGUUGUAACAGAUUUUAAUGUUUUAUUAUUUCUCCUGCACAUAAUGAUGAAUAAAUACAAUUUUUUACUGAGAUGUACUAAUUCUGCUUUAUAAAUUGUGCAUGUGCAGUGGAGGUAAUUCAUUAAUAUUAGAGUUCAAACUAUUAGAACUUUAUUUAAACUUAUAUAUACCAAAUAUGUCAAACUUUUAACAUAAGAGAUAGAACAAUUAUCUCACAAACUAACCAAGACAUUGAUGUUACAAACAUGCUAACAGUAGUUUCUGAUACAUCAGCAAGUUAACAGUUAACAAGUGUUGGUUAAUUUGGUUAACGUGAGGGGUUGAAGUAACAAAAAAUAAAUACUGUGAAAAACAAAACUACCACAUUAAAAUGAAAAAUGUUAGAGUCCUUUUAAACUCCUACUGUGUGGGCAUUUCAGUCAGAGUACACCUGAUGCUAAUUAGUGUACGUACGAUACAUGGUUUUUUUAAUGUAUUACUAAUCAACUUGAAUGUUGUAACAGUCCGGAACAUUAGCCACUGAGUAGUGCUGUAACCUCUUUAUCUACUUUACAUAUAUACUGUUAUCUGUAAUAUGUACAUAAAAACACUGGACAUAAAAACAA